UUAACUCCAACACCCGGAAAAGGGCGAAGUCUGCACAGCAACAAGCGCCAUGAUUGCGUAGCAAAGAGCGCCUCAGCAGCUGGGCACGAUGGAGCAGCUGGAAGAGGAGCUUACGUGCCCAGUCUGCUGCGGUCUCUUCGAGGACCCGCGGGUGCUGCUGUGCUCGCACAGCUUCUGCAAGAAGUGCUUGGAGGGGCUGCUGGAGGGCAACCGGGGUCCGGCUUUCAGGACGCCUUUGAAAUGCCCCACGUGCCGCAAGGAGACCCCCCAUAACGGCGCGAGCAGCCUGCAGAUCAACUACUCUUUGCGCGCCAUCGUCGACAAGUUCAGCAAAAUUAAAGUGAUGCCUAAAAUGUCCGCUUGCAAGCAACACUGCGGGCAGCCGCUCAACAUAUUCUGCGCCACCGACCUGCGGCUCAUUUGCGGAAUCUGCGCGACCACCGACGAGCACAGGGGCCACGGCUUCAGCUCCCUGGAGGACGCGUACGAGCGAGAGAAGGGGGCGUUCGGAGACCUGCUCCAGGAGGCGGAGAGCUGGCAGAGCGCGGACACCCUGUCCUGCCUGGAGACGCUGCAAGCCAGCAAGAAAAAGGCGCUCCAGUCGGUGGGCAGGGACGCGGAGAAGGUGGCCGACUACUUCGACAAGCUCAUCGGAUCCCUCGAGUGCAAAAAGAGCGAGAUCCUCUCCGACUUCGAGACGCUAAAGCUGGUGGUGAUGCAGGCGUACGACCCGGAGAUCUCCAAGCUGAGCGCCGCGCUGGAGGAGCAGAGUCGCGCGCUCGGACUGGCGGAGUCCGUCCGAGGCGUCUCCGACCCGCUGUGCUUCCUGCAGCACAUGCAGGAGUUCCGUGGGAAGAUCAAGGUCCUGAAGGAGACCGCCCUGCCCUCUCGGAAAGACAUGGACGUGGGGCCCCUUGUGCGUAAUUUCGAUGUGAAAAAGUGGGAUUCCCUCCGGCUCCGAGAAAUAGACAAGAUCUCAGUCCCACACGAGAAUGGCGCAUACCAAACAGGUGGCUCACGGAUGCCGUCGUGGUCCAAGUGGAUCGUCGUGUCCCUGGUACUCUUGCUGUCAACACUACCCAUCUUUUUCGUGUCACCGCCGUACACUGCAAUCGACGUGACCUCAAGAAUCCAAGCGCUGAUCACUGAAUGUGUCCCUUCCGCUACUCUGUACCUGCAGGAAAUCAAUGACAUGUGCGCAGGUCUGAUCGAAGCAGGUCAGGAGCAUAUGAUGAGGUUCAUUUCAGAUUUGUCCACUACUUUCACUCACUACUUAUCCUAGUUCGUGCAGAAGAGCAGCGAAUGAAUGGAAACACCUAUACUUGUUUACAUUAUGUUGUAUUACUUUUUUUUUUUUAACCUUUGGUCCUUAAUGAAGCCU